AAUAACAAUUUAGAUAAGUCUUUGCUUUUGGAUUAUAAAAGUUCGAGCCACCAACAGUCCCUGGCAUAGUCUGAAGAAGAACUCAAGAACCAAGAAGCCUUAACAAAAUUCUUCGCCAUGUUAGUCGCUUUGAUUGGUCUCACUCUGCUGCUCCAAGUUAACUCAAUAGCAGGGCAGGCCUUCCAGGUAUAUAGUUCACCUGGAGUACAGGUUGUCUACCCGUCCUCGUCGCAGGUUCAAGUAAUAGGCGGAAGACAUUUUUUCCGACGCGGUUUGUUGAACAGCCUAAGAAAUCUCACAAUCACCGCGAACUCAACCAACCAGGAUCUUCAAGUUGUCAGCUCCUUGGGCACCGGGAACAUUGCACUAUCAAGUAACCAGGUUUCCAGCAACGCUCCUCUACGGAAUCUUUUGAGAACUAUAUUUGGCCGUCAGCCCAAUGUCCAGUAUAUCAACCUUAAUGCCAGAGCCUUCGGCGAUGGCUCUCCGGAACCGCAGUACUGGAGUAACCAAGAACCACGGUACUGGAGUAACCAGCAGCAAGCAUUUGCCAGUCCUGUGUUUUUGCCUCGAACCAGGGUUAAAACUGUGCGACAGGGCAUGCCACGCCGGAUUUUGGUACGGAAUAUAAAGUCCAGCCAAGCUCUAAUGACCAAUGUGGAGACCUAUAGGAUUCCGGUGUUUGAGAACGAAUGGCAGUACGAUUCGACGUAUGCAUAGUAAGAUGGUGAUCAUAACGCAUGAAACGAUUAUAAAGUAAAUCUGUGUAAAUAUUAAAUAAAAUUAAC